UCCGUGGUGUUUCACUGUUGUUGCUGGAACAGCUGUUGUCAUCUGCUGCUACUGUUUACUGCCUGAGAUUUACUGCCUUCUCUCCUCUUCAGCUGCUGAGUGUCGUUCAAAGAAGACAAACUGGGACUGUGCUAUUUCACCAAUGCUCACUGGGGAGAGGCGCUGGGGGAGCAAUAGCAUUCUCUUUACCCUCCCUCACUUUUCCCAAGAUUUAUGCUUCAACUCUCUGGAAGCUAAACCAUGAGCAAAGCUUCAUUUGGUCACAACGUGUCUUGUGGUAGAACAAGCUCUGAUGGGAACAAGAAUGCUCAGGAUGCCCAACUGCCUGCUAAAACUGACCCGGUUGGUGCUGAGCCACAAGCUGAGGGCCCUCUUCAUCCUCACCUUUAAGUUCAUGUCCUUUGUCUCCAUCCUGUUGUACUGGAGAAUCACGGAGGACGCUAAGGUCAGGGACCAAGUCUACAGCUUGCCUACUGAAAUCCACUGUGGUCACUCUGUGCCCUCUCCCCCCCGCGCCAUUGCUGAUGGGCCUCCUCCUCCACCCGGGGAUGUGUUUUUUGUGGAGACCUCUGAGCGAACCAACCCAAAUGACCUGUUCACAUGCUCUGUGGAGUCAGCUGCACGGACACACCCUGGGACAAGGGUUGUGGUGCUCAUGAAAGGCUUGGCCAAAAGAAAUGCCUCCUUACCCAACCACUGGGGCUUCUCAUUGCUGAGCUGCUUCCCCAAUGUGGAAAUCCGGCCCUUGGAUUUGCCAGAGCUUUUCUCUGGGACACCUCUGGCAAAGUGGUACUCUCAGGCUCACCAGCGCUGGGAGCCUUAUUUCUUCCCCAUCCUGUCUGAUGCCUGCAGAAUUGCCAUCAUGUGGAAAUUUGGUGGCAUCUACCUGGACACAGACUUCAUUGUGCUUAAGAACUUAAAGAACCUCACCAAUGUGCUUGGUACCCAGUCCAAGUAUGUAUUGAAUGGGGCCUUUCUGUCCUUUAAGCCCAGACACAAGUUCAUAGAGCUUUGCAUGCAGGACUUUGUGGAGAACUACAACAGCUGGAUCUGGGGGCAUCAAGGCCCACAGCUCCUAACACGUGUCUUCAAGAAGUGGUGCUCCAUCAGGAGUCUUCGGAGCAGUAAGAGCUGCAAAGGGGUAAGUGCUCUUCCCCGAGAGGCUUUUUAUCCCAUUCGGUGGCAGGACUGGAAGAAAUACUUUGAAGUGGUCAGCUCCUCGGAGCUUCAGGAACUCCUAAAGAACAGCUAUGCGGUGCACGUAUGGAACAAGAAGAGCCAAGGGACAAGGCUAGAGAUCACAUCACAGGCGUUGCUGGCUCAGCUGCAUUCUCACUUCUGCCCUGCCACAUAUGAUAUCUUGAAGAUGGAUUCUGAACGACAGUGACCCCAAGGAUCAGCUAAGAGAAGUUGCCUGGGAGCCCCUAUCCCUUGAGCUGUUCUAUCACAGAUGAACCCUCUUUUGAAGCGAGGCGGUGGGAGUUCAGGAGAAAAACUAUUUGUGGGGUGUAGGUGGAGCCCAUGGUUUCAGACCAUCUGUGCAGUCCUUUGUCUUGGCUUUAACAACAUUUUGGUCCUCUGCAGGACCUUUCUUCUGCUCUGCUUGGUCUGGUGCAGAAAUGUCAGGAGGGAAGUGAGUGCUGGUCCACUUGUGGCAGCCCCUUCCUUACUCAGAGAACUAAGAUCCC